UAGCCUUGCAUUGCCUUAUCGGGCUGAAACGAACCCGAGCUUUGGAGUGGAGUGGAGGUAGCAUGAGCAUUGAGCCAUGAGCUCCCUCGCCAUCCCAAUCUCCCUCGCUCGCUCUCGCUCUACGCAUCCCUCCCCUUUCGCUCAUUGUAUCUCGCCGAGGCUGCGGUGGGUUUUCCCUGCAAGGGCUGCCCCCCCGUCUUCUUGGAAAUGUAUCAACACUUGUGUCCGCUCCGCUGCACUGCCAAAGUAUCCGACGCCGGGCCAGAAUAAUAAGGUCCACGAUGAAGAGUAUAUAGUGGUGAAUUUCUACUGUUUUGUGUUCAUUCAUGACCCACAACACCUGCUCGCUAAACACCUCUCCUUCAUGGAGGGUCGUGAUAUUCAUGGCCGCAUAUAUCUGAAUGAGCAGGGGAUUAAUGCUCAGUACAGCGGACCCAAGAAAGAUGCCCUCGCUUAUGUUGAGUUUGUAAAGGAAGACCAAAGGUUCUCUGACAUAUUGGUCCAGACAUCUUCUACUUUAUGUGGCCAUGCCUUCCCAAGAUUGAAGCUGCGGUAUAAGCCCUCGCUUGUUCAGGUGGAAGGAAAAAUCUCGGAUCUUCCUUUGCUUGACACAUCAAUGCGAGCCACACCUUUGACAACAUCCCAGUGGAAGAACAGAUUGGAAGCUGUAAAUAAUGUGAAUAACUCAUCAAAUGUGGAUGUUAAUACAAAGUCCAUUAUACUUGAUGUACGAAAUGGCUAUGAAUGGGAUAUUGGUCACUUUCAAGGGGCUCAGAGACCUAAUGUUGACUGCUUUCGGAGCACUUCGUUCGGGCUUUCUGACUCAGAGGUCCUUGAUUCUGAUCCUUUAGCAGCUGUUGACAAAGAUAAAACUGAUAUAUUGAUGUAUUGCACUGGAGGCAUCCGCUGCGAUGUAUACUCCACGAUGCUUAGGAGAAGGGGGUUUAAGCGGUUAUAUACUCUAAAGGGUGGUGUCUCUAAUUACCUUAAAACUGAAGGCUCUGUUGGAUGGAUUGGAAAUCUUUUUGUAUUUGAUGCGCGCCUAUCUCUACCACCAUCAAGCUACAAUUCUGAAGCAGAAAGUGAACAAGGCAGAGUGCAAGAAGUUGUUUCCCCGGUUAAAGCAUUUGCAAGAUGCUACCUUUGUGAUUCAAGUGUUUCUGAGUUGAGGCACCGUAACUGUGCAAACAUAGACUGCAACCUGCUUUUCCUAUGCUGUACAGAGUGCUUGACUGAUCUAAGGGGCUGCUGCUGUUUAAACUGCACUACUGCCCCCCGACUUAGACCCGUGCUACUAGGACAUCAAAGAUACAAAAAGUGGCAUCACUAUCGUGACCUUGAAAUGCAAAGUAGAUGAAGUACUCUUGGGGGUAGGUCGCAUAAUAUUUGAGCACCUGCAUAAAUCUAAGCUAAGCUGCUAGUUAAAAAGAAGGGGGAUUGGACUAGCCCUAUUUUCUUUAUAUUGCCAAAUUUUAGGAUGAGCUUUGGUGUAUUUAAUGUGUGAAUAGGAAUAUCAAAGGUAGAGUUGAUGAAUUUUGAAAACUUGUAUUAGUGAUCUACGAUGCUAUUUCUGUUCUGAGUUGUGAUUUUAUUGGAGUAUUAUUUUUUGACCUGCAAUAUUGAAUGAUGCUAUAGCUCUAUGAACCAGUUCCUCAAUUCCCUUA